AUGUCUACUGUCCGACAGGUGAAUCCAUUUGGACUUCAGUUUAGUCUCCAAGCCCAAGCCACAACAGUCAAUGAGAGACCAUCACUGAAUAAACAGAGUUCUGAUUUCCGAUUUGGGCGGGACCAGCAAAGCAACACCUACCGCUCGCUGUCAGAGAACACUGGUGUCCCACUCCCUGGAAGACGUUACAGCCAACCACUUACUAAGGAUGGAGAGGGACAUGAAAGGCAAUCAUCUGCAACUUACUCAGGUGCAAUGGAGCAUCGGAGUGCACCCAGACACCGUCAGGUUCAUCAUCCAGCCACAGCAUAUGCAGCCCAACUGACUGACCUCACCCAGCCAGAGGUCAUGUCCCAUCACUCUAACAUAUCUGAAGCACAGGAAGAAGAUUCCUUUAACCCUUAUGUGCAGCAGACUCCUCGGCUGGUACACAGUGCAGGGGCUGUACAUACUAGACAUCACAAGGGAAUCAUGCAUAUCCCAGGUAAUUAUUUCCGUGACCUGUGUAUACUCUACGGUAGGUAUGUGCUAAGUAUGGACUCAGUGUAGAACUACCCACUAUUA